AUGGGCCACGCGCAGGACACGGACGAGGCCUCGGCCGCCUCCUCGGCCUCCACGGACCUGCCGACGCCGCAGAAGGCGCGCGCGCGCGGCGCCGCCCGCCGCAGCGACUCGCUGGACGACCUGGAGCUGAGCGUGCCCAGUCUGCGGCUCGUGGCGCAGCAGCGCGGACUGGACAUCGCCGGCCUCAGCGGCUGGACCGCGCGCGAGGACGGCAAGCUGCAGGACCCGAGCGGCCACAAGUACCGCAGUCUCAGAGACGCGCUGCGCGCGUACACGCACCUGCUGCAGGGCGCCAUCCCGCGCGAGGACAUGUACUACCUGGCCAUCUUGAGGCGUCAACUGGCGGAGCUGGAGCUGCCGCUGGUGGACGGACCCAUCAGCGUCAUGGCCAUGGGGGCGGUCGUACCCGAAGAGCACUUUUACACGAGCAAGAAGCUGUUCCCGAUUGGCUACGAGACGCUCGUGAACGUGCAAGUGACGAAGCCUGUGACGGUCGCGUUUCGGCUUCGAUGCAAGAUCGUGCACGGCAACAAAAAGAAGUCGCCGAUUUUCGUGGUGGAACUCGAGAGAAGCGCAGUUGAGAUCGUGUUCAGAUCGUACGUGGCGAACAAGGCGUGGAAGAAGGCCCUCGUGCAUUUCGAAAGCUUAUCUGCGGAGGAUCUGAUGGCAGUGGUCACUGAAUCCGUAUUUACACCGGAGACUGACGACAACGGCAACAGCGUGAACGUACUCACGCCCGCUAGUGGCGAGGACGGGUUUGGUCUGCUUCGACGGAAUAUCACGCGCGUACUGGAAGGACUACACCAGGUGCUUUGGUGCAGAGAUUAUCAGUUCUGGGAGCAGCGGCAUCCCAUCACGCCUGACGUUCAUGCCAAAAUUCGCUCGCGACUGAAAAACCAAGUGAAGGAUAUUCUCAAGGCUCAGAAUGUGGUGUCUAGGAAUGAAAUCAACCGUCGAUUAUCACAGGAGGCUCUGCUGGAGGAGCAUUCGCGGAACCCUGAGGAUAUGCACCGACUGUUGCAGCAGAAGGAGAAAGAGCAACGUGAAGCUGACAAGCGAAGUGUUCGAGAGGCGGCACGCAAACUACUGGAAAUCGAGAUGAAAGCACAAGAAGAUGCGAAGGAAGCCCAGCGACGAGCGAAAGAGGAGCGCAAAAACGCAAUUCUUGAAGCUAAGAUGGAAGCUGCGCGGCAGAAAGAAGCACGGAAGGAGGCCCAACGACUGGCCAGGGAACAGGAGAAGCGCAUGCGAGAAGAGGAAAAGGAAUUGAAGCGUGUGAUGCGAGAAGAGGAGAAGCGCAAAAAGAUGGAGGAGAAGGAAAACUCGAUGAAGCGAAGGAUAGAAGAGCUGCGGCAACGGCGUCAAAUGCGUGAAGAGCAAAAGGCGAUUCUUGAGAACGGUGUUGUUACGUCUUCAUCACCGCGACGAUUUAGUGACUCCAGAAAAAGGAAGGCCACAGCAGACCCCCAGACUGUUAGACAGCAGCAACUUGCGUUGCUUAAGUUUGUGGAGGAGGAGAGAGAGCGACGACGACAAAUCCGCGUGUGGGACAAGAGGUACGAUGUGGAGAGCGAAGUUUGGGCUCGCGUAAAAACGCGCUAUUCUCGGGAAAUGGAGAGUAGUCAGGCAUCAUCUGGUAAGGAGGUUGGCACAUCGGAGAACGAGGACGCGAAAUUUCCUGCACAUUUGAUAUCCGCCGCUGUAGAGCUGGACCCGGUCCCGGCUGAAUCUCACGCCGAUUUGCUGUUUGUGUGGGACUUCAUCUCCACAUUCUCGGACUGCUUGAAGUUGACGGCGUUGCCCUCACUUGGCGUGUUCGUGAGUAUGAUGACGCUGAGCGAUGGGUCGAGUCCUGUUGGGGACGGUGAUCUCGAUGACGAAUCGGUUGGCACCCUUUUUGCUUCCUUGCACGCAGAGCUGGUAAAGACACUGGUGGCAGAGUAUUUCCCAUUGCUUCAAAUGGGCAACACGCUUGAAGAGUUUCAUCGCACCCGGCCCAUGAACGCGUUUAGCUGGCCUGAACUCGCUCGUCAGGUGUGCCAAUUGGCCAUCGAGUUUAAGCAUCCUAGCGCGGAUGAACAACUGCUCAAGGCUAUUAAGGGCUCCAAGUCGUAUCGAGAUGAUGCUGUUACUCACCCACUUCGCCAGAGAAUGUAUCGCCGUGGAACCAACUUGCUGAAGGGCGUUCAAUUCGAGGAAGAACAAGAAGAAGCGGAGACAGAGACACAAAGCUCGAGUGGUAAAAAUUCCAUUACGUUGGCGUCAGAAACGAACAUUGCGUCGGCAGGAUCAAGCGAGUACUACGGUGUUGUUCUGGUUGGUGGCGUGUCGAGCAAGUUUAAGGUUGGAGAAAAGGAUCAGCAUCUCGUCGACGAUAACGCCGAUAUGAUUCAAGUUGGAGAUUACCUCAUGUUCAUCAACGGGCAAGAUGUACGCGAGAUGUCUCUCGAAGGUUUCAACAGUCUUGUGAACGGGCUCUCAACCCCGCAUGGAUUGCUGAUGUCCUCACUUGUUCCGGUCGCGAAGAACCCCUUGAAGCACAUCGCAACGACGCAGGGAGCGACAAAAUUGAAAUGUUGUGGAUUUGUUUUGAAGCUACUACGGGCUAAAGAGAUUGCAGCGCCAUUUAAUCAGCCCGUCGAUGCCGAGCUCUACCCUGAUUACUACUCAAGCGGUGAUAUUGCCGAACCCAUGGACCUGGGAACAAUCGCGGAGAAAAUCGAGGACGAAGAUUAUGAGAAUGACGACGUGGAGUCCUUCGUCGACGAUGUACAGCUAGUGUGGAAAAACUGCUACACAUACAAUUCGUUGAAGGCUGAAAUCUCGAACCUAGCCCAAAAGCUUUCAGUCAUUUUCGAGCGCUUGAUGAAAGAGUGGGUUUACACGACCGAGAACCGACUGAUGGUUGCUGCAGAGGAGGACAACUGCCGUAAUUGCCAGACGAUCUACGCGAAAGGUCGACUACUGCUGUGCGAUCGAUGUGAUGCGCCUUAUCACACCUUUUGCCUCAAGUCCCCACUUUCUGUCAUUCCCAAAGGCGAGUGGUUUUGCCCUUCAUGUCUCGCGGACCCAUCCUUCUCACAUGAACAAUUCCGUAAGAAGGCUCGUGAUUCAAGUCCUGACUCCAAUGAGAGUCCUGCGAAUGGUGAAUUAAACGAAAGUGAAUUGACUGAGCUGGAGAAGCGACUGCUGACCGCGAUUGAUCUGCUUUCGAACGAAAACUACUCGAAGACUACUGUCAGCGAUCGGUUGAAGGUACUAAGAGUUUUGUGCGAGUUGAUCGAAGAAACCGCCGCAGUGCAGUCAGUUUACCACUCGCUCGAAGACAAGGCAAAUGAUGCGCGUAAAAAGUUGGGCGAGUCGCUAGCUGAUUUGGAGCGGGAAUGGAAGCGAUUUUCUCCGCCGCGCUCAUCUCAUGGUGUUGAGCAGACCAAGAAAUUCAUCAUCGAUGGCGUGGAACAUGAACUGACGGAUGAAUUGCUGACCUAUCUCGAGGACAAGGCAAAGGCAGAGCUGGAUUCACAACCUAUUCCUGCUCUGCCUGAAAGUGCUCGAAAAAAACUCCUUGAAUUCGGCGAUCGGUUCUUGUUGGCCCGGUCAGAUGAACAGGAUUGUUUCGAUAAUAGCAGGAUGAUCCUCUCGCGCCCCGUUUGCGCUUUCUGUGGCUUGGAAGAUGGAAUUCUAAACGGGCCCUUGCACUCCUGCAAACAGUCGCCAUUGACAGCUCACACGACGAUGCUCAACCAUUACGACCUGCCCGAGCUGCUUGCGGGAGAAGGAUCUGACAUGCUUACUGUUCAAUCGCUUGGAGCAAACGAUCUUGCCAAUGUGAUUCUGGAAGAUACAGUCCAAGGUGGAGUUGUUUACGCGGUUAAUGAUCGCGUGGUGUUUGGAAUGAAUCGUGCUGCCAUUCAAGAGCAAUUGAGGACUGCUGCACAACCGAUCUUGCUGUAUCUGACGUUGCUGCCAGGCGAAGCUGUGCGCGCCUCGGUGUCAAUUGUGAAGUGUCACGGCCUACCACUCGGCUUGGUGUUGGGUUCUCACGAUUCCUUUGUUUUUGUUCAGUCCUAUCAAUCUUCAGAGAAUCUACCUGUUGGAUUCGGUGAACUGUCCGGUCAAGUAUUCCCUGGUGAUGUACUUCUGAUGGUGAACGGCGUUUCCACCCGCGGAAAGGAUGUGGCUGCUGUCGAGCCGAUGCUUCAUGUGAACAACCCGAACGACACGAUGUACAUUGCUGUAGCACGUUCCCCAUCCGCGAAGAUGAAAAAGGCCCAAGAAGAUUGGCAACGUGUUGUGUACGAUGUUCCAUCUCAACGUGCAAAAGAGAGUGCAUUGCGAGCGGACGUGAUUAGUCCGUAUAUGAAUGGACCGAUCUCAUACGAGGUGGUUUUCCAAGAUGGUCCACUUGGUUUGGCGCUGGCACUGGAACCUCGAGGUGUGGUUGUCAAGUCGCUGAACGACCAUCCGGAUGGUACGCUGGGCCAGGCGUCUCUGAGCGGGCGUAUUUCGCGCGGGGAUUUGGUGGAACGGGUGAACGAUGCAACUUACGGCCAGCUAAAUGAUUUAUCUCAGUUCACAUCGUGGUUGCUGAGCUUACCACGUCCGCUAAAGAUGACAUUUUCCAGACAGCCUCCCGGAGGUGCCAACCAAGUGACCCCUGAGCAGGCGAACAAGCGGAUGUCCGAUUUGUUGGGCGAUUCAUCGCUGCUGUGCAAGGCGCUGAAACUUCCUGCGUCCAGCGAUCUUAAGACUUUUCGGGUCGAGUCCUUCCCGCUCCCGUUCGAGGCUGAAAACUUCCUCGAGAACAUUGGUGUGAUCGCAACGAACGGCUUCGUUUAUUGUGAACAGCAAACUGACUCGAAAAUGGAUCAGGGGACUGCCGUGAAGACUGUUGCGAUUGGUGACCUGAUUGUGGGGGUGAAUGGAAGAUCUAUUGCGGGCUUGAACUGGGCCUCAGUAAAGGAACUGUGUGCAGCGAUAUCAACGAUUUGUCCCGUUUACCUUCACCUUUCACCUUUCGUCAGGCCCGUGGUCUUGCUACAAGCUCACGAAAGCUGCGUCGAAAGUGCCAAUGUGGCGUGGUCAGAAUGUGGCUCGAUGCUUCCGCAAAUCGAGAAGGUUCGGGAGCUGGAGAGCUUCAUCAAGUGGCUGAUUAUCCCACGAACGUUGUCGUUUGGGAAAUGUCGGCAUGGAUAUUCGUUCUACCGCUUCUUCAGUGACCUGAAUCGUUUGUUCGUACUCUCUCCGGACAAGAAGUGGUCGGUCUGCGCCACAAAGGAACAGCUCUCUCGGCUUCUUGCUUAUUUGGAAGAAGACACGAGGGACGCGAAGAUUGCUGCGGGGAUUAAGUGGUGUUUCCAUUGGGUGCUACAUGAGGAUGCCGCAAAACUCAAACUGCAGCAAGGUUCGUCGUGCUGCGAGUACUCUAGCAACGACUUCAUUCGUGAUGGGCCGUUCGGGAUCGAAAAGGAGGUGCUGCUUGCGAUGGAUGGGGACAUGGAGAAGUACGAGUCUCUGGUGAAAUACCGUGGACGCAAGUUUUUCCUUGGCUCAUUCUACUCGCAGCAGGAGGCAGAAAAUGCUCUACAACGCGCCGAAUCAGCCAUCCGUUCCACGGGAUUCCACGCGGUGAUAGCUCCUGAUGCCUCUACGCUGCGUAACGCGCAUUUUCCUUCUUCACUAACUGCUCCCUACCCCAAAGCAGAGAACGUGGUGAAACGAAUUUUAUCACGCAAGUACGAGUACGGGAGCGUGAUGGAUGGGCAAGGCGGAAUGAAGCCCAUCCCAAUUUCGCAUGACGUGUAUCAAAUCCUGAAGCGUGGUCUGCGGUCCAACAAUGCGAUGUUGAACCAAAACAUGGAAGCGUCAAGGACUGGAGCGUAUCAGGCCGGAAUGCCUCCUAUCGCGAUGUCGAGGAUGCAAGGAGAUUUACAGUCGUCAGCGUAUGCGGCAGCCCAGGCCCGCUACCAAGAGGCGUUGAAGCGGAAGUACGCCCAAGCUGAAAACCCGUAUGCACAGCAGAUUGCUGACCAGAUGAAGCGAACGAGAUACGAUCCAUCUGUGACCGCAAAAAUGCAGCAACAAUUUGCACCUGCUACAGCCGGCAACGCUGUUUCUUUCAAGCGAUCGCUCCAGGCGCUUGUGGACCAAGGUCGAGCCAUGCUAGCAGCUUGGAACCAAUUUGCUGCUUCCGCCUCUGUCCAAACGACGAAUGGACUGGCGUACGCUUGUUUGUCCAGUUUCGAAGAAGUGAAGAAGGUCGUGUCUCGCAUCGUUGUCGACCCUAAUGCGGCUCACCCGGACCCCAAGACGUUCGUAUGUCUGCAUCACGCAUACGUAAUGGGACUGAUUUGUGCGAUGGCGACACAAGCUCUGACAACGAGCCAGAAAACUCACUCGGACUCGUCUCUCGUGAAGCAAGUGGCCGACGCGUUUGCGACGGCAAUCCUCAGUUGCGUGGAUCCAUCUAACAUGUUGCGUGCUCGGGCGCUAAGCGGUUUCGCCGCUGCUGCCAAGAAGUGUGAGCCCUCUCAGCGUGCUAGCGAUUUGUCAAUGGAGCUCCACAACGUCGCGAACUUCGUGUUGAUGUUCUUGCGGACAACGCGCUACUUAUCAGGCGCCACUUUCGACGACCUGACCAGUUGCAGACCUCUGUUUACAGCUUCAACUCCUGGUGUCGAGGCUCUCCCCGCGUCGUUUGUGCAGCAAGUCAAUCUUCUUGAGAACAUCCGCGAGGCGUUUUCCCGCAAGACAACCAAUUCUCAGCCGACGAGCCAAAACAACAAUACUGGCACGCUUGUGGACGUGGAGUUUGGGUUUGGCCCAUUGGGAGUUGUGAUCAACUACUCUCAGCGCGGAACAAUUAUUGUCACGGAAUUUUCCAAUGACAACAACAACAUGAUGGGGCAGACCCAAGCGAGCGGAAAGGUGCAAGUGGGCGACGAGGUCUAUGCUGUGAACGGCAAUAUGCUCGCAGUGAUUGGAAUGGAGGGAUUUAAAGCUGAAGUUGCUUCGGGCAAGCGCCCGCUACGGGUGACGUUCCGACGACUGUCACCGGCCGACCAGGCUGGUGGGGGUUAUCAAGCCCCAGCCACUGGACAGUUCCCUGGCAUGGGGGAAAACGUGAACCCGUUUCCGUACCAAGCUGCGCCUUCAAACCAACCGAUGGGGGAUCCGUCUUCGCAGUUUGGCGACCCGCAAAUGGCAGGGUUCAUGGGCGACAUGUCUGCACAAUCUUUCCCUGCUGCUCCAAUGGGCGGCCCUGGUUACGAUGCAUUGCCAAACAUGUACGGGAAUGGCGUAGCUGGAGGUCCAAGCGCCCAGCCGUCCGGGGCCUGGCAAAACGCAGCCAACCCGAUGGCGCAGUCAUUUCGAACGGGCCCAACGCCGAACGGAUUGAACAUGAACAGUGGCGGAAAUGUGCAGUUGCCUUUGAACCCGAUGCCUCUGAUGCCAAGCGCAUCGGCACCCAUGGGAUACUCGACGGCGCCACCACCGUCGUCUGCGGCUCCGAACUCGUACCAGAGCAACACUUCGAACAGUGAAUUCGUGAACUUUGUUGCUGCGAAUGACCCUCAAUUGCCGCCAGAUGGAGGAGAUCCGUCACAGGUAACUUUCUAUGAUGCUAACGGCACGACAUACCGCGGAGCAGCAGACUUCGAGAUUGAUACCACAGCUAACGCAAUUGCUGAUGUCGAUACGGAGCCGGAGUCACCUUCGAUUUCGCAGCUGACAACUCCAGCGCAAUCAGACACCGACGGGGAACGCACUGAAGCUGACCUCCAGCGUGAUCGAGAAGCGCAGCUGGCAGCGUUGACUGCUGCAUCGAACGCCCUGCAAAGCCAAUCGUCGGAACCACCGCUCCAGACUAGCAGGGCGUCACCUCGUGGCGGAAAGGAGCUGCGUCUAACUGAGGAGACAGCUUCGAGACGAUCCUCGAGAGUAUCUCGCAAGAUCACGAAUAUCGGCGAAAUGUACGACCCUGACUUCGUCAAGUCCCAUUCAAAAGGAGGAAGUGGCAGUGAAGCUGGAACGGACGAACCGACGGAUGGUGAUAUUGGAGAGUUAUGUACAGAGCUGUUGGAGCCGUUCCGCUCCACGAUCCGACCGCUGAAGAAGGAUACCCCGCGCUCACUGCUGCUACUUCGAGCUCAGUUGCUGGAAAUGGAGUCAGCUAUUCCACGAGAUGCUUUCCGGUCGGGUAAGUGGGGGCGCUCUGUCCGUGCGGCGUGGGCGGAGUUGGUCUAUACGUGCGACGUAUCUGCCAGGCUCAUGGAGGCAGUUGUACUUCUGGAGGCCAACAUUGAUCCGGAGUGGUUGGAUCCGGGCUGGAAGGCGUCCCCGCUCCCAUCGGCGAAGAAUGCGAUCGCCACGUCAACGAUUGCAUCUGCUGCUAUGCGGUUAUAUUCUCUGGACGAUGCGAUUUCCUACGGGCGGAUGAAACGUGGAGGCAAACGCAAGCACCGGAAUCCUUCUAGUGCUAGCUCAAGUCGGCCGGGUUCGCCCGUCAAGACGGCGAUCAUCAGCCAGGAAGCGAAGUCUACCGAGCCUGUGUCGAAUCCAUCGGAGCUGCCAUUCGUAGGCAGGUUGUCGACCGGCUUGGUUACUUUGGUGGAUAAGAUGAUCAGCAAUAUUCUUGAGGCACAGCGCGAGCGGGCCUCGUCCACCUAUGCGUCCAGGAAGGCUAGGAGCGAGGUGGCUGCGAUCACAUCGCUUACGGAGGAUCAGGUCGAGCAGUGGAUUCAAGCGAGCUCUGCGCAGCAAGCGUCAACGUCUGGGCAGUCCCAGAGUGGGUCCGGGCGUCACUCGACGCCUAAGCGGAAGCAUCCGGGCUUGCAACCUACGGGUUCAACUGGGCAACACUCGUCUUCCGGUAGAAAGCGAAGGGCUCAAGGCUCAGCGAACGUCCCGACGCCUGUUGCGACCCCACCGGAGACGCAGUACGUCGAACUCCGCUGCUUCCAGAUGAAGACGCUGCAGCACUGCUUCCCGAUGGGGAGUGCGCAGGAUAUGACGCUGAGGUCGAGACUGGAGUAUAUUAUGGACACGUUGCUGAGGAAUGAAUUGGCGCUGGCAUUCUCCGCGCCGGUGAACGUGAACGAGGUGCCUGGGUACGCGGAGCUGAUCAAGCACCCGAUGGACCUGGGCACGAUCAAGAUUCGACUAAGUCGCGGGUUCUACGACCAGCGCUUCGAGAUGCUUGUGCGCGACGUGAACCUCGUGUGGGAGAACUGCUUCACGUUCAACCGCCUGGACGCGGACAUUUCGGCAGGAGCGAACCGACUGCGGUCCAUCUUCAACCGACUAUUCGAGCAGUGGAUCACGGACGUUCCGCCCAACACGCCGGUGACGCACCUCGCCUCGGAGGAGCUGUGUCGGCAGUGCGGCCAGAUGAACGCGCAGGAGAGCAUGCUGCUGUGCGACAGCUGCGACGCCGCCUACCACGCCUUCUGCCUGCAGCCGCCGCUCGCCGCCAUCCCACCAGGCAACUGGUACUGUCCGCGAUGCCCCGUCAAGAAGCUCGCCAUGUAG